CUUCGUUAACUGGCCAAAAGUUGCCUUAGAGAGGCCGUCGUUAAUUAUUAGCCAAACACUUGGGAAAUCGUGCAGUGUUUCUUCAAAGCCUGGGUGGCUUGUGAUUUCGGGUAGCCCUCUUCAGAAAGAGGGUUUGGUUUCGCCGGCCUCAGGUGCAGUGUUUUGUCCAUGUGUGUAAGCAAAAGCUGACUGACUGAUUUUUCUUUCCCUGAGCAGCUGAAAGCUGAUGUGGUUCCAAAGACAGCGGAAAAUUUUAGAGCUCUUUGUACUGGUGAGAAAGGUUUUGGGUAUAAAGGAUCCACGUUUCACAGAGUGAUUCCUUCGUUUAUGUGCCAGGGUGGUGACUUUACAAACCAUAAUGGGACAGGUGGAAAAUCCAUUUAUGGCAGCAGAUUUCAAGAUGAAAAUUUCCUACUUAAGCACGUAGGACCUGGUGUUCUUUCAAUGGCCAACGCAGGACCCAACACAAAUGGAUCUCAGUUCUUUAUUUGCACUGCAAAAACUGACUGGCUAGAUGGCAAACAUGUUGUUUUUGGGCAUGUAAAGGAAGGAAUGGAUGUUGUGAAAAAAAUUGAGAGCUUUGGCUCCAAAAGUGGAAAGACCUCCAAAAAGAUUGUCAUAACUGACUGCGGCCAGCUGUCGUAACCUGUUGCCUACCAUUCAGGACAACUUAGAUACUGUGAAAAAUGAAUCGUAAAAAAGCAUUUCUGAUCCCAUAAGCAGCAUCUUUGGGGCUGUUUAACUUGGGAUUUUUUUUAAACAUGUAACUGGGCUAUUUAACUUGGUCCUGCUUUUAUACUUCUAUUGAAUUUUACUGAUUUAAACCAAUAACCAAAACACAUUUUAACUGAGCCACUUUGGUAGUGAUUGCUGCACAGAUUUGAUAGCCCUAUUGCAUUUUGAAAGAAGUGCAGUUACCGGACGCAUAUGCAAAUACAGUGUCAGUAUCACUCUUAGUAUUUGGAUGAUUCAGAUGUUGGAAUCAGCGGUGGAGCUGGCAACUACGUGUAACUGGUCAACAUAAAUUGAGAAGUGGCAUGUUUCCUUUGGUGCUAAUAAAUACCUAUUCUGCUGUAUGUCUCAUAUUGGAAAAUUAUGUUGGCUAGUGUUCUCAAGGCUAUUU